UGAAAAGACUUUUUAAUUAGACACCCCUACCCAAAAGUUUGGUUAGCCGAUGGGUAAUUUCUCUUGGGAGCCUUAACCCUUUAUGUCGCUCUUGAGUAUUCGCAUGUCGUAGGAGUCUGAGCUCAUUCCUUCACUUUCUCCUCUCUUGAAAGAUGAUAGGUCUAAGACUGAUAAGAAGAAUGGUGUGUCGGUGCAAUAUAUUAUGGUCAAGGGCUCUCAGUUCCAGCAACCCAAGGUGUCCACCACUUGUUUCACUUGACAUCCCAGAUGAAUGGUCUUCCAAUUUCACCCAUUCUCACUCUCCUCCUCCUACCAUUCCCUAUGAUGGAACCAAAAGAGAAUCAAAGAAAAGUUCUGCUUCUAGUUAAUUUAUUUUCAGCAGCCAACAAUAAGAGUGCUAGAAUAAUUGAUGGGAGGUCUGCUGCCGAGGAAAUUAAAUCAAGCAUAGCAAUAGAAGUUAGCAAAAUGAAGGAGUCAAUAGGAAAGGUCCCUGGUUUGGCUGUAAUAUUGGUGGGCCAAAGGCGAGACUCUCUUGCCUAUGUCCGUAACAAAACAAUGGCUUGCCACGAGGUUGGGAUCAGAUUUUCAAUUGCUGAACUCCCUGAGAGCUGUACAGAAGAGGACGUCUGUGAUGCAUUGUCAAAUUAUAACAAGGAUGCAUCAAUUCAUGGUAUUCUUGUGCAGCUUCCUUUGCCACAGCAUUUUGACGAGGGGAAGAUUUUGAAUGUACUAAGCUUAGAAAAAGACGUGGAUGGAUUUCAUCCACUAAACAUUGGGAACUUGGCCAUCCAGGGUAGAGAGCCAUUGUUCAUCCCGUGCACUCCUAAAGGCUGCAUCGAGUUAUUGCUCAGGUCUGAUGUUGAAAUAGUUGGGAAGAGAGCUGUAGUGAUUGGGAGGAGCAACAUCGUUGGACUGCCUACAUUUUUAUUGUUGCAGAGGCACCAUGCAACACUAAGUAUUGUGCAUGCAUAUUCAGACAAUCCAGAAAUUAUUGCUCGUGAAGCUGAUAUACUUAUUGCAGCCGCUGGAGUGCCUAAUUUAGUCCGUGGUAGCUGGAUAAAGCCUGGAGCAGUUGUUCUUGACGUUGGAAUAAACCCAAUUGAGGACCCUGAGAGCGAACAAGGUUACCGUUUGAUUGGAGAUGUUUGCUUCGAAGAAGCAGUCAGGAUAGCUUCCGCAAUAACCCCAGUGCCGGGAGGUGUAGGUCCUAUGACAGUUGCAAUGCUUCUUCUGAACACCCUUGAAGCCGCCAAACGUGCACUUCGUUUUACUUGAUUUAAGGCGGAGGAACUCAGAAAUCUCUCAUUUGUCUCUCUCUAUUAGAAACAUGGAGAGGAAAUGGAUGAUUACUAGCUCGCAUUUUGCACAGCCUCUACAUUAUUGGACUCGUGUCUGGUGGACCAAUCAAUGCCAUUAAUCAAUCCCAACAUAUUUGGAAGUUCUCGGUCCCCACAUCAAGGAAGCAGCAGUACCGAACGAAAGUAGCAGCUUUACUAUUUGGGAUGACGCACUGAGAUAAUAUGACGUUGGAGGCCUAGAGACAUAUAUAUAUAUAUAUAUAUAUUAAUAUGACAUUGGAGGCCUAGAGACUAACUAACAGAAUCAACGUUUGGUUUCCUUAAUGCAAAAAGUUCUCGCGUAUAACUAGCUAUAUUUGUGUAUAUUGAUUUGCUCCUAAGGUUCCUUUUUUUUCUAUCUUCUUAAGGCUGACCUUUUAAAGGUACAAAAGCUUAUAUUUUUCGUAAAGAACUUUAGAAAAUUGUAGAAGGAAAUUUACAAGAUAUGUAUCUAGCAAACGAGUUUUGAAGUAAAAGGGGACUUUAGUA